AUGGAUGAUACUACGAACAAACGAUUUCCAGAGCUCUCAGAGCUGUCUGGAAGAUACAACGAUGAAUCUCAAAGAGACAUUCAAAACAUCCAAGACCGAGAUCAGGGAUAUGCCUCUCCCGCCUACGAAAAAGUCGUUUACCCGAGCGCUCUGAAAGCGAGCAUCAUCGUUUCUGGCUUUUCUCGCUUCCUUCCUUGUUGCCCUCGACCAGACCAUUAUCAGCACAGCUAUUCCAAAAAUCACGGACCAGUUCCACCCACGUUUGGUCGCAUUUAUAAGAUUUUCAACAUCAAAUGGUCCUUUCUAGCGGCAAUCGUCGUCUUUGAGGCGGGAUCGUUGAUCUGCGCUGUUGCACCCAACAGUCCUACCCUCUUUGGCGGUAGAGCCGUCGCUGGAUGCGGAGUUGCAGGCAUCUUCUCCGGUGCUCUGGUUAUAAUAUCUCGUACUGUGGCUUUGCGCAAACGACCUAUGGUGCUCGGGCUUUUUGGUGCUAUUUGGGGUAUUGCGUCUGUCGCUGGCCCAUUGCUUGGUGGCGCUUUCACAGACAGUGUAACUUGGCGAUGGUGUUUCUAUAUCAAUUUGCCCAUCGGUGGGCUCUCAAUCGGAAUAAUCGCCCUGAUCCUUCAUAUUCCACCACAAGCAGACGAUAAUAGCAAUCAAACCAAGCUACAAAAAGUUUUGGAUCUCGAUCUGAUUGGGUUCGGUUUACUCUUGUCGGCUGUUGUGUGUCUGUUGCUUGCCCUUCAAUGGGGCGGUAACACCUAUGCAUGGAAAAGUUCACGCAUCAUCGGUCUCAUUGUUGGCGCCGUCCUAAUUGCGUGUAUCUUUGCGUUUUCUCAAUGGAGACUCGGUGACAAAGCAACCCUUCCACCUCGUAUUCUCAAGAUUCGAACAAUCUGGGCAUGUUGUUUGUUUAUCGUGACAUUCAACGGAGCAUUUUUGCUUCUCAUGUACUACUUGCCUAUCUACUUUCAGUCUGUGAAGGGCGACUCUGCAACAAGGUCUGGUAUUGAUCUACUCCCUAUCUUGUUGGGUGUCGUCGUGUUCUCGAUCUUGAGCGCGGUGGUCUCAUUACCACCUUCGGAUUUUACGGCCCUUUUAUCAUUAGCAGCUCUAUCGUCUUUGCCAUCGGUUGCGGUCUUCUCACAACCUUCACCACUUCAUCAAGAAGUGAUUCCAAUGACGGCCAUGCAGACCGUGUUGGGUCAGGCAGAUAUUCCUUUCGGAUCGGCGAUAAUUAUGUUCUUCCAGAGUCUUGGUGGAGCAAUUUUCAUCUCCGUUGGUCAAUCUGUCUUCCAGAACGUAUUGAAGUCCUACCUCACGGCUCACGCCCCGGAUAUUGAUCCAGCGGUCAUUAUUAGUGCGGGUGCGACAGAAGUUGAAUCCGCUCUUCAAAAACUCGGAAAGCUCGACGAACUUCCUAUCGUUAAAGAAGCGUACAUGUCCGGGCUCGUAAACUCCUACAGAGCUGCUUUGGCGCUGGCUUGCCUUGGCUUUGUGGCUGGUCUAUUCGUUGAGUGGAGGAAAGUCAAGAAAGAGAACGAAGGUGGUGAACCCGCCAUUGCACUUGGCUAA